CAUGUUCAAUAAUAAAAAUGUCAUCGACCUUGAAAAAAUUCCAGAACCAUCGCCAGAUUUUUAUAGCAUGCCACCAGGAAUUUAUGAUUUGAAAUUUCCAUUCUCAUAUUAUUUUAUGAAACUGAUUGAUAAUUUUAAACCACAUUAUCAUGAAGAAAUUAGUAUAUUAUCACAGGAUCCUGAAAAAAUUGAUCAUAUAACUAAAGAACUUGAUGAGGACACUCUCGAAGAUUAUCUUAAGGAAUUAACUGAAAAAAUUUGUUCAAUCAAUCCGUUAUUAGUGACAGCACCUAUAGAUAGGGAGCCAGAAUUGUACUUUAAAGAUUUUGUUUCGGUUAUUGCUUAUAGUGAGCCUGGUAAUGAAGAUCCCGAACAACUAGAAUUAAUAUUUAAACGAAGACUUGGAAAAACAAAAGUAUUGGAUCCUAUUGCUUUACAUGCGUAUUGGUGGUCUCACGGAAAUUCAAUUAUAGCAGAAUCACAAAUAGUUAAAAUGUGUCCGGAACUUAAAGUUACUACAGUCAAUGAUAUGUCAGAAAUAAUCGAUAAUGCUGUGUCAAUAAUGUUGAAUAAAAUUAAAAGUGGUGAAGACAUUGAACGAUGGAAACACGAUGCCAAUAAAAUUAUUUUACUUGGUAAAAAGAUUUUUGCUGAUUCAAAAUCUCUUCAAACCUUACAAUUUUAUAAUGAAUUGUUUAGCAUUAGCUCUAUUCGAAAAAAAGAUAUUUUAAAAAUUUUUUCUCUUGGACAAUAUUCAAAUCAAGUAAUCACUAUUGAAAUGUUAGAUGCAGUUUCUGGAAUUUUAAAUAAUCUUCAAAAAUCAGAAAAAAACAUAUCUAAACGAAGCAUAAUAUUAAGUUAUCUUGAUAUCAUUCCGAUAGAAUCUAAUGUAAGAACUCAACUUUAUGAACAGUUAUUUUCGGAUGAACCACUACCAUUGAUGAGCAUAAUUAUUAAAAGAAUCUUUGAAAUAGAGGAAGAGCAUUAUAAGGAAGUGUUUUUCAAACUCAUUCGAAAUCCAGCGGAUAUUUUACAAACAUCACAGAGAUUAUAUGUGAUAGAUAAAUCCAUAGUAGAUCUCACCUCCGAUACAGCAACUUUAUGUUGUGACAUAAUUCAACAUGAAUAUUUUCAUAAAGCAAAUUUAUCUAAAUUAGCACCAUAUCUUCAAUCAGCUUUAGAAGUAAUAUGUAGUGAAGUGAAAUCAUUAAGAAAAAUUGCAGCGAUAGCAUUUUUAAAAGAAGUAGUUAGAAUGUUUUGGGAUGUAGUUUUCCAAGAUAUAGAUCAAUCUAUUACGCAUCAACUCAUGAGAUAUGAACAACACGAACUUUUACAAGAUAUUAAUAAUUUCAUGGAAAUGGGACAACCAUUGAUUCAUUCAUUAAAAAUAUUCUUUCUUCGAGAUUUGAGACAUCGAGGCCUGUCAUUUAAUGAUGUUAAAAGAUUCUGUAAAGAAAGGUCUAACGAGAUACCCUGGUAUGAUCAUUUCUCAUGGGAAACAGAUGAUUCAUCUCGAUUACCAUUCAAUCCGUAUUGGCAUUUACCCAAAAAUAUUCAAGCAGAAAAUGCAUACAAUCGAUUGUAUCAAGCUUCAGACAAUUCUCUAAUGCAAAGAUUUCUUAGAACAGUUCAACAAAAAGAAGAUGUAGAAUUAAAAUUGAUAGUACUUGGAAUUUUCAUGAUAAAAUUUCAUUCUAUGAGAGCAUCACGUGAAUUGAAUCAGGCAGAACAACGAGCAGCAGAUUUUAUGGUAAAAGAAGUUAGCAAAAUAUAUUUCCCAAAAGCUUUUUCACAAAUGAUUGAGGAUAUUAUGAAAAAUACACAUAAUUUAUAUAGUAUUGACACUAAUAUUACAAGUAGUGAAUUAAUCAUGAAAUCAGUUCUUGUACAUAUUGUAGGAUUACAUGCUUCAAUUUCUGAAAAUACAUCACCUUUAUCUGCUUAUUUGCAGAAUGCACAAGGAUGUCAAUCACAUUAUAUUAUUGCAUGUCAAUCUGAUUAUGAAACUGUUUUGUUUAAUGCUGUUUCUCAAGGUGGAGUAGUAAGGUAUAAAUGCGAUUGUGGAUUUAAAUACGUAAUUGGUGAUUGUGGUAAAGCCUGGGUAAAAGCAAAAUGUCCCGAAUGUGGAAAUGAUAUAGGUGGAUCUAAUCAUGUGUUGGCUGGAGGAAAUGUUCAACUUGAUAAGGGAAAGUCCUCAGGUUUCAAAGCUCAAGAUCAAACAGGAUAUAUUGAGGAAGAACCGAAUACUCAAGAAAAUAAUUCAAUUCGAUCAAUGAUUCCAGCUUCAUAUCGAAUUAUACAUCUAUUUGUUCACACCCUUAUUGCAGCUUCAGCAACAACAGAUAGUGCAACAUUAUUCAAUAAAACUGGCAAAAAUUAUAGCGAUAUUAUUCAAUAUUGUAUGGAACAUAUUAGGUGUGAUUGGAAUAUUCUUAAAAAAAUUUUUGACGUCUCCGAUGAGAAUUUAGCAUUAUUAUUUCAUUCUAUAUUAAGCACUAUGGCCAAAGAACAAUUUUCUCAACAAAAAGCUGUGCUUAAUACAUCAGCAGAGAGAGAGGAUUGGGAAAUAGGAUUUAGCGCAGCUUAUAUUUUACCAAAAAUUCAAAAUAUUACUAAAACUACAGUUGAAUUCAAAACAGAAUUGAAUAAUGCAAUGGGGGCAGCAAAAGUUGCUAAAAACGUAUUAGAAGAAGAGAUUGCACAAGAAUUAGAAAUAAGCCCACAAUAUAAUAAAGAUUUUCUUCCUAGAUUGUGGAGAAUUACCGGGAAAAUUAGUUUUAAUGGGUUUAAUGCGUAUUUCCUGAAGAAUCUUGUACAAAAUUCCAAAGAUUUCCCAUUCUUAAAUGUUUAUUUCAAGCAUGAAAAGAAUUUAUCAAAGUUAAAACACUUUUAUCCAAUUAUCAAGUUUGUUAAAAUUUUACAUUCAAAGUUAGCGCAUAAAUUAACUAGAGAAAAGGCGGAAGAAUAUACUUUUGAUGAAUUCAUUCAAUAUGAAACGAAACAUGAACAUUUUGAUACAUUUGGAUCUCUAAAGAAUUCAUUUAUUGAAUUUGAAAAGUCUUGGAACGCUAUAGCCAGUAACGUUCGUAGGUAUCAAUGCCAUGACUUUGAACCACAUAAAUUAACAAAAGAUAAUCCAAUCGUAUUUGGAUUAGUUGAAGCCAAAGAUUCUGGAAUUUACUUGUGCGCAAUUAUUGAAUACUUGAUCAACUUACAAAACAAUUUUUUGGAAGAUGUUAUUUCAAUUCCUGAUGAAACCUGUUUAUCUCUUAAAUUCUUACAAAAUGCUGUACCCUGGGCAACUUCAAUCCAAGACCAAAAAACUACUACUUCUAAUCCUUAUCACAUUCCUUCUAAACAAAUCAAUUCUAUACAACAAUCUAAUAUCAUCGAUUACGAAUGGGAUAAUAAAUUACUUCGAUAUAGUCAACAUAACCUUGAAGUUAGACAUGGCGAAGACAUAAUUUAUGAUUUACAAAAAAUAGAACAAGAACUUGCACAACUUUUAAUUUCAGAAAAGGUAUUCAUAGAAGGAAAUAGUGAAGAUCAACUAUACAUGGAACAAUUUCCUUAUCAUAUGGAAUUAUUACAUGACAGUGCAAGAAUUUUAAAUGAGAUCAAAGGAUUGAUACCACAAGAACCAAUUCCUAUUGACAAGAUUUCAUUAAUUUCAUUUACAAAUCAAUUAAGAAAUCAAGAAUUACUUCAAUCCAUGGAAAUUCUUUUAUGCUUUAUUAAAAGAAUAUCGACUAAAAAUGGGGAAAUAUUGAUUAAAGAUUUUAUUGAUCAAUGGAUUCAGUUAUCAAGUUCGAUAGAAAUAAAUAAUUUCCAGACAAUUCUUAACGUAGAAUUAAGAUUAAAGCAUAUUGUAGCUUUAUAUGAAUUUAUUGAAGAUCAAGUAGCUAAUAUUGGAAUCAGUUAUAUCAAUGAUAAAUUUAAAGAACCGCUUGAUGAAAUGAUGACGAAAGAAAUUUUGGAUUCUAUAAAUAUCGAACAACCAAUUAACACAAACUAUUCACGACAACUAACAAAAAUCCCAGCCGAAGCAUUUGUCACUGCACUAAAAAGAUAUAUGCAAAGGUUCUUAUGUACAGAUACAAACAUUAAAGUAGACGUUCAAUUAUAUAUCUACUUAAGUGAAAUGAGUUUAAAUUUGUGGCCUGAUGAGAUUAAAGAAAUAUUAGUAGAAGAAAUGUUUCCACAAUCAUUGCUUGUUAAAAAUACAUAUGAAGCUUAUAAAUUUGUCAAAGAAAAGAUUAAGGUUUCUGCUCAAAUGCAACAGCCUCAAACGGUUAUCGAACCAUCUUUUCAAGAUUCAUCCGUGAAUAACCUUACUAUACUUCCAUCAAUUCAUGAUAAUGAAAUCCUACCAAAUAUUUCUAGUAGGUUUAAAGUUAAAUUCAAUUAUAUCAAAAAUUUCAUGGCUGAAACGAGUGAAAAUUAUAUCGAAAUAUCAAAAAUAAAUCGUGAGAAUUUAUCAGAAUUUACUGAUGAUGAAAUUAGAUGUGUUUUAUUUUUAACCAAGAUUCCUAAUUCAAAUUAUAAUGAUCCAGGAACUAUUCGUCAAAUUGAUUAUAAUAGAAUUAAUUCUUCUUCAAAUAUGAGUCGUGGAAAUAGUUCUCCUAGCAAUGCAAGAGUAACAGUUAAUACUGCGUGUUCUAUUGAGAAAUUAUUAAAACGUAGACUUCCUGAAAAUUCAAAUACUAAUAUUGAAGAUUUGAUUAGAGAUAAAGAAUACAGAGAAACAAAUAAAAUCGAUGAUAAUAAUAUUAUUAAGCGAGAAAGUUAUAGAAUAUUAUCAAAACAAAAUAGUGAAUUAAGAGAUGAAAUUAUUGUUUUGAGAGAUGAAAAUAAAAAAAUUUUAGAUAACAAAGGAAUACUAUGUAAUGUAAUUGGAAAAUCUAGUAAUCAUGGAAUUGAUAUAGUUGCAUUAUACAGAGGAUAUCUAAUUUUGAUACAGUGUAAAAGUCAACAAAAUUCUUUAGGCGAAGAAGUUGUUGCAAGAAUGCAUUCUACAAUUAAUAGAAAGGGAAAACUUAAUAAUCUGUUAACAAAGAACAUAGCGAAUUUUCAUAAAUCA